AUGCGAGUUGCUUUACUGGUUAAGAACAAAUUAGGGUUUGUGGACGGAACUUGCCUUAAAAGCUCAUUUCGAGGAGAUCUGACAACACAGUGGGAGAGAUACAAUGCGGUAGUAUUAUCACGGUUGAGUUGUACUGUUUCGGCAGAAUUGGUGCCAAGCAUCAUGUAUGCUUCAAGUGUGAAGAAGGUCUGGGAUGAAUUCAAGAAGAGAUUUGAUAAAUGCGACUUAACUAGAAUUUAUCAGCUUUGGACAGAAAUUACAACCCUAAGACAAGGUAUUGAUUCUGUAACUAGCUAUUUUUCAAAAUUGAAGGAUUUCUGGGAUGAAUUAGACAUAUUAGCACCCUUACCUUCGUGUGAUUGUGAAGAAUCAAGGCCUUAUAUGGAUCACCUAAUAAGACAAAGGCUAUUACAAUUCUUAAUGGGAUUGAAUGAAAGCUAUAGUCAUGUUAGGAGUGAUGUUUUAUUGAAAAGGCCAGUGCUAACUGUUAAUCAAGCAUAUUCAAUAGUGGUGCAAGAGGAAAGUCAAAGAAAACUUGGUGUAGUAGAGGUCAAUAGAGAUCCUUUAACAAUGCUAGCAGGAAAAAGUCAGGCAUUUAAGAAUAAAAGGCCAGGACUAAUAUGUGAAUAUUGUGGAUACAAAGGACAUUUGAAGGAAAAUUGUUACAAAAUCAUAGGCUAUCCUCCUGAUUUCAAAAGUAAGAAGAAAGGACAGUUCAAUCCAGGGAAACCAUAUGCUAAUGUUGCAAACACAUAUGAGGAUAUGAAUGUGAAGAAUCAGUAUCAGCAGGGUAAUUUUUUCACAGAAGAUCAAUACAAACAGCUGGUGAAUAUGCUGACAAAAUCUUCAGCUAGUGAGAAUACUUCAAGCUCAGAUGGUUCUGCAAAUCUUGCAGGUUCUAGAUCUGAAAUUACUCAUACAGGAGAUGCAGUAGUAAUGGAAACACAAAGAAUUACCAAUGUUCUUCAUGUUCCAGAUUUUAAGUUCAACUUGCUAUCAGUAUCAAAAUUGACUAAAGAACUGGACUCUUCAAUGGAAAGGUACUGGGGAUUGAUUCUCUACCUUGGUGCGGUUGUAACGACUUUUGUCCGCGAGCUCGAUACUAGUUCGAGCUCGAUACUGGACCGAGCCAUCGGCCUUGGUCGAGGCUCGAUUCUGACCUGGGGAUCUCGGUAUUUGGCGUGCAAGUUGGUCGGUCUCCGUAUCCUCGAUGAUCUCUACCUUGCUUCGUAG